CUUAACUAAAUUAAUGAGAACUAUAUUAUGUAUUACUUUACUAUCUAGUGCUAUUUAUUUUAUCUCUAUAAAGUGCUUAAGAAUUAGUGUGUAACUAACUUCAUAGACUUUAUUGUCCAAACUGGUUUGUAAGGUGUUGCAGUGGACAAAAUGCUAUCGAGAUUAACUUUUCGCAAUAUUCCUUCACAAGUAAAGACUUUAGCUUGUGGAAUUCAAACAACUGCAGUAGCAUCAUCUAAUGGACCACGUUUAAAGCGACCCAUAGAUGCACCUCCAGUUAGAUUAGGAUUUAUUCCAGAAGAAUGGUUUAAAUUUUUCUAUCCUAAAACUGGAGUUACAGGUCCAUAUAUAUUUUUAACAACUUUUUCAACAUAUUUAUUAUCCAAGGAAUGGUAUAUUAUGGAACAUGAAUUUUAUAAUGGACUUUCUUUGCUUUCAAUUAUUAUAUAUGUCCAAUACAAAUUUGGAGCGAAAAUUGGAGCAUUUAUAGAUAAAGCAAUUGAUAAAGAAGAAGAAGAACUUAAUAAUCAGAAAAAUGAAGAUAUAGAAGAAAUUCAGAAACAGAUUGAUGAGUUAGAAAAAGAAAAGUGGUGUCUUGAUGGACAAUUAAUGCUUUAUGAUGUAAAGAAGCAAAAUAUUUGGAUGCAAUUGGAAGCAAGUUAUAGAGAAAAUUUGGCAACUAUUCAUUCACAAGUUAAAAAAAUUCUUGAUUAUCAUGCUCAAAUAGAUAUUAUAAAUCGUAGAAUUUCUCAAAAACAUAUGAUGCAGUGGAUUAUAAAUAGUGUAUUAGCAUCUAUCACACCUGAACAAGAAAAAGCUAAUCUUCUACAAUGUAUUAAAGAUCUUGAAGGUCUUUCAAAAGCUUGAAGUUUUAUGCAGAACAAAAUAAAAUAAAAAUAUUAUUAGUAAUACCUGGGCUAGUAUAUUUUAAAAAAUAUGAAAAUAUUACAUAAGAAAAAAACAAUGUAAUAUUUUAAAAUUAAAUCAUUAUUUAUCAGAGUAUUUAUAAAUAUAAUAUAAUAUUUCAAUGAAUAAAUAUAAAAAAAUAAUAUUAAAUUACAUGUUAAUAUCUUUUGUUUCUUUAAUAAAAAAUCUAUAUAUUAAUUAAUUAUAUUAUGAUAAUUAUAUUUUGAUAUUUUGAUUUAAUUCAAUUUAAUUUUGUUAUUAUAUAAAUUAAUUUUAUAAAACAAUUUUAUAAAGCAUUGUAUAUUAAUUAAAUAUAUAUUAAUACAAAUAGUUAAUAAUUGUCAUAUUUUAAAUAUGGAACAUGAUUAAAAAUUUGAAUUUUAUAUAAAAUCAUAUAGUAUAAUUUAAACACAUAUAAGACAUAACUAUAUGUUGAAUUAUUGAUAGUAUAUUUAUAUAAAUAAAAAUAAUAUAUCAAAAUUUUUUUUAUAUCAUUUUUUUAUUCAUGAUAAUGUAUAAAUAAAUUACAUGAUUUAUUUACAAAAAUUUAUUAAUAAUUAAUAUUUAUUAAAUCAUUAUCAUAUUUCUUAAUAAUUAAAUUUAAGAUAAAAGGAAAUUUUUAAAUAAUUUUGAUAUAUAUAGAUAUAGAUAGAUAGAUAUAUUCUGUUAUUUUAGGUUAAGUUAUUAGAGAUGAGAACAUGAAUUUUGUGAAGUGUUAAACGUCAUCAAAAUUAUAACAAGGAUUUAUUUUUAUUUUUAUAUGAAAAUGGCAUGGUUGUCAGGUCUUGCUGAUAAAGCUGAAAAUUUAUUAAA